CUCGAUCGACUGCCAACCCCGCUGGAUCGUCGCCUUUCACAAGAGAAACCAGGCUGGUUUCUCGGCGGUCGGCUGGUUCCGCGACCCGGCCGGUAGAGCCGCCGCCGUCUUCUUCUCCGACAGAUCGCACCCGCCGAGCUCUGCGUGCGUGCGUGCCUCGCUUGCUUGCUCGUGUGAGAGACCGAUCGAAUAGCGAGCGAGCGAGCGAAGGAGGCAUCAUGGACGUGGGUUUCGGGCCCGACGAGCGGAUCCUGUGGCCGGCCUCGGUCCUGGCCGGCGUCGCCAUGUGCGGAGCCGUAUACGACUUGACUCGCCGAGUUAGCUCUCGGUGCUUCAAGGGCUACGACGGGCUAAACGAGAUGCACAAAGUCGAGUGGAACAAUAGGGGAUUCUCUACGUUCCACGCACUGGCUGCGGCGGCGGUCUCCUUCUACCUGCUGGUCAUGUCUGGCCUCAUCAGCGAGGACGCUCAUCGUGCCAUCGUGAUAGACAGGAGGUCAUGGCUAUCCGAUGCUAUGUUUGGGGUUUCUCUUGGCUACUUCUUGACAGACUUGGCGAUGAUCCUCUGGUACUUCCCUCGCCUAGGAGGAAAGGAAUACCUCCUGCACCAUGGGCUCUCCAUGUACGCGAUCUCUCUCGCCCUGCUGAGCGGCAAGGGACACGUCUAUAUCCUCAUGGUCCUCUUCACUGAAGCGACGACUCCCUUUGUAAACCUUAGAUGGUAUCUGGAUCGUGCUGGCCGGAAGGAUUCUAAGCUCUACCUGUACAAUGGACUGGCUCUGUUUGUCGGAUGGCUGGUUGCUCGGAUCAUACUGUUCGUCUACUUCUUCACCCACAUGUACCUUCACUUCGAUCAGGUGAGGUCGGUGUUCCCGCUGGGGUUCUACAGCAUCCUGACGGUGCCGCCGGUGCUCUCGCUGAUGAACCUCCUCUGGUUCUGCAAGAUCUGCAAGGGGAUGGUGAAAACGCUGUGCAAAGCGAAGCAGAGUGCGAGUGUGAAAACGGAUUAGGCUGUACCAACGGAUCGAGGCAGGUUGCUGAGAAUAUUUACAGCGCUAGAUUGCGUUCAUUCUU